AUGCCUAUCCGUACAAUAAAUGUUAGAAUUGACACUUUCUUCACAGGAACCGAAGCGCAAUGUGACAAGAAUUUGAAAGCAAGAAGAUCUGCUACUCAACAACCUGCAACAACAGCUAAAACGGCUGUAGCCACAGCAGAAAGUUUACCGCAGUCGACGCAGACGGCAUUUGAUGUAGUCACAGCAGCAGCGAAAACCAAACGAGGAGCACCGGUACCUACAGUACCCAGUGAAAAUGAUAAAGCUGAAAGCAAUGAUACAACGGCAACUGAGAAAGAAAAAAGUUCGUCUCAUAGUCAUGUGGUUGCUGAUUCUAAUAAAAAUCCGGUCAAUCAAGGUGCCUCAGGUUCUGCUGAUCCAUCUCUACCUGUACAGCAAUCGAAGGAAAAGUCGAUAAGUGAGCUCGAUAUAAAUGAGCUUAUUGAUUUUUUUGAAAGUAUUCAUGAUGAUGAGAGCCGAAAAGAACAAGAAACGACAACAACAACAGAUUUAGUUCAAAGAGAAGGGAAUGGAGAUGAAGAGGAGCAGGAAGUAGUGGAUGUGAGCCAGCAUGAUGAUGAGAAUCAGGAUGGUAAUGAUUUUGAUGAUCCGGAUGCCGAAAAUGGUGAGGUCAACGCUUACAAGCUUUAA